CAUCCGCAUCGUCGCGGCGUAAGCAGGGGCUUCAGAGAGAGGGAAGGAAAUCGCUCCUCAAAGCCACUCAGCGACCCAAUCCUGCCACCCAGAACCGCUCGAGGUUCCUCCCCGAGACGCCUGAGGCUUGAGGCAGCUGCCGCUCUCCGUCCCUGCUCCCUUCGUUGGUCAUGGAGAGUCUGCUGGACAACCCCAUGAAAGCCGUGCUUUACCUGAAAGAGCUGACCACCAUCGUGCAGAACCAGCAGAGCCUCAUCCAGACGCAGAGGCAGCGGAUCGACGAGCUCGAGCGCAAGGUGGAGGAUCUGAUCGGCGAGAACCGCCGGCUGAGGGACCCGCAUCCUCAUCCGCAUCAGCAGCAGCAGCAGCAGCAGCAGCAGCACCAGCACCACCACCACCAGCAUCACCACCAUCACCACCACCCUCCUCCUCCUCAUCCUCCUCCACAUCCUCAGCGCGCGGCCGCGGGCAAAGCCGGCGGAGCUCCGGCCCAGCUUGCUGCCGCUGCUCCUCCACCUCCACCCCCGCAGCAGCUGCAGCUCGUGCCUGCCUCGACUCCGCCGCCGGUGCCGCCUUCCCCCGGCCAGCCGAGCCCGGACACCGAGGAGGACGAGAGGAGAAGCCCGCGCUGCAAGUCCCUUCUGCCGCAGACACCCACCAGCCUGUGCCGCUCAGUCGGUCUCGCCAGGAAAGCCGAGAACCAGACGGUGCUGCACCAGUUCUGCUGCCCCGCCCCGGACGCUCCAGAGGCUGAAUCUCAGGCUUGCGUGCCCAGCAGUGAAGAGACUCCUUCCGCCUCUCCAGUCACUUCAGCAUCCCCCGGGGCCCCAGUGGUCCCUGAGGGCCCUCAGCAGCCUCCGGAUGGAGGGAGCCCAGCCACGCCUGCUGAUGGAGGAGGAGGAGGGGGGGACGGUGGAGGAGCUGAGGAGCUUGAGCUGGCAGAGGUGGAAGUGAAGGUGCGAGAGAGUGAAAAACAGGAAGACAAAACUCCGGAUCAGGCUCAAGCCCAACAACAGCAGGAGGAGCAGCAGGAGCAGCAGGAGGAGGAGGAAGUGAAGAAAGAAGCUGAGGAUGAAGAAGCCGGAGGAGGACGAGGAGGUGCGGGGGGUGGCAGGAGGCCCAGCCUGCACCACACAGCCUCCCCGAUCAGGGUGCAGAGGAACGGGGCCUGCAGCCACUCCACCGCUUCCGACUACGAACUCUCACUCGACCUCAAAAACAAGCAGAUCGAAAUGUUAGAGCACAAAUAUGGAGGCCACCUCAUCUCGCGCCGUGCUGCCUGCAAGAUUCAGACAGCCUUCCGCCAGUACCAGCUCAGCAAGAACUUUGAGAAGAUCCGCAACUCUCUGCUGGAGAGUCGCCUGCCUCGUCGUAUAUCCCUGCGCAAGGUGCGCGUGCAAAAUGCUGAGGGAUUUUCGGCUGAGCGAGCGCUGGCCGAAGGCUGCUCUAUGGCGGGUAUCCCCCUGGUCCGGUCCCCUUCCCUUCCUGCAACUGUAGGAGGCACCCUCACCAACCUGGAGGACUCUUUCACUGAGCAGGUGCAAUCCUUAGCCAAGUCCAUCGACGAUGCCCUCAGCAACUGGAGCCUGAAGACCAUGUGUUCAUUGCAAGAGGGAGGCACCUACCAGUUCAGCUCAGAGGCCUUCAGUGCUGCGGGUGGCAAGCCUGCAGUGACAGGGACUAUCGGAGAGAGUGGUCUCACAGAUCCGACUGCCCUUCAGACUGGUAUGGGCCAGGGGGACACCCCUGAGAACGUGUCCCGGAGUGCCAGCAAGUUGAUGAUGGCCUUCCGGGAUGUGACAGUCCAGAUUGAUAGUCAGAAUUUCCGCAUGUCCUCUUCCGUCAUGGAGUCCUCCACCUCAGUAUCUCUCGGAAACUGUGUUCAGCAGGGGGCCACAGUGACUGAGAGUGCAAAACUUUCCCCCGUGGAAGAAGCAAAACCACAAGAACCACCUGCACAGCCUCCCCAGGAGCCGGCUCCCCCGCCACCAGAUUUGGACCCUGGGGAAGUACCAGAUGGCGACUUCCCAGCACCACCACCAAGCGAGGAGGAGUUUGCAGAGGAUCUGCCGCCUCUUACCCUGGAGAAAACGGAAGUCCCAGGGCCAGAGGUAGCACCCCAAGCAGAGAUAGUAGUAGAGGAUGUGCCUCCGCCAGAGGUGGUGGGAAGUACUGUGGCCCCCAAUGUGGAGGUUCUAGAGGCCAAGCGUAGCGAAUCAGACCCAGCGGACAAUAGCUCAGAGCAGAUGAGCAGCAGCAGCACAUCUACGUCUGCCCGAUCUGCCUCUGAGGCCUCGUCCAAAGAAGCCUUGCAGACCAUGAUGCUCAGUCUACCCCGUUACCACUGUGAGAACCCUGCCAGCUGCAAAUCCCCUACCCUCUCCACGGACGUUAUGCGCAAGCGCCUCUACCGCAUCGGCCUCAACCUCUUCAACAUUAAUCCGGAUAAAGGUCUGCAGUUCCUCAUCUCCCGUGGCUUCAUUCCGGACACGCCCAUAGGUGUGGCUCACUUCCUGCUGCAGAGGAAGGGACUGAGCCGGCAGAUGAUUGGAGAAUUCCUUGGCAACAGCAAGAAACCUUUCAACAGAGACGUCCUGGAUUGUGUGGUGGAUGAGAUGGAUUUUUCUGGAAUGGAGCUAGACGAGGCUUUGAGAAAGUUCCAGGCUCAUAUCCGUGUGCAGGGUGAGGCGCAGAAAGUGGAGCGGCUCAUUGAGGCAUUCAGUCAGCGCUACUGUAUGUGCAACCCGGAUGUGGUGCAGCAGUUUCACAACCCAGACACCAUCUUCAUCCUGGCCUUCGCCAUCAUCCUUCUCAACACGGACAUGUACAGCCCCAACAUCAAACCUGACCGCAAGAUGAUGCUAGAGGACUUUAUUCGCAAUCUGAGGGGUGAGAGAGGGAGAGAUGGGGGAGUAGAUGACGGAGCAGACAUCCCUCGGGACAUGGUGGUGGGCAUUUAUGAGCGAAUUCAGCAGAGAGAGCUCCGUUCAAAUGAAGACCACGUCACUUAUGUCACCAAGGUGGAGCAGAGCAUUGUGGGAAUGAAGACGGUGCUCUCAGUGCCCCACAGAAGACUGGUGUGCUGUAGCCGCCUCUUCGAAGUAACCGACAUCAACAAGGCCCAGAAACAAGCUGCUCACCAGAGGGAGGUCUUCCUCUUCAACGACCUCAUUGUGAUACUGAAGCUGUGUCCAAAGAAAAAGAGCUCUGCUGCGUACACUUUCUGCAAAGCCAUGGGCCUGCUGGGCAUGCAGUUCCACCUCUUCGAGAACGAAUACUAUCCUCAUGCGAUAACCAUCGUGUCUCCAAUUUCCGGCUCAGAUAAGAAGCAGGUUCUGAACUUCUGUGCCCAGAGCUCAGAGGAGCUCCUCAAGUUUGUGGAAGACCUGAAGGAGUCCAUUGCUGAGGUGACUGAGAUGGAACAGAUACGAAUCGAAUGGGAGUUGGAGAAGCAGCAGGGGGUGAAGACUCACUCUUCCAAAAACAACGGCACCCAGCUGGAGCUCCGGGGGAGACAGAGCUCUCCAUCGGGUAAGAAGGACAUUGACACGGCACAGACUGGACACAAUGCGGUAGAGGUGUCAAUUCACAACAGGCUUCAGACGUACCAGCUCAGCGCGGCAGCAGCAGCAGCAGCGGCGGUGCAGCCACGGAGCCCCGAGAGCGUGGCCCUUCUUAACCAUCGGGGGGAGCUCUACCAGCAGCCCCAGCAUCAGCCGCCGCUGCAAUGCGUCAGCCCCACGCCCUUGCACUCCCACCAGCCUGUGGCCGCCCUGAGCGAGCUGCGGCCCGACACGCUUAUCCAGUGCCAGCAGAUCGUCAAGGUCAUCGUUCUGGACAAGGGCGGCCACGGGCGCGUGGAGGCCUUCCUCAGCCACAGUCCCUCCCACCACCACCAGCAGUUCAUCCAGUCCGUCGUCUCCACGCCUGUACGCUCGCUGGAUGGGGCCGGGCCUCAGCGGGACAAGGAUGGCUCCCAGCCCCCGCUGCCUCCGCCCCCACCACCCUACAACCACCCACAUCAGUACAUCCCUCCAGACCCCCGCUUAGCCCUACAGAGGACCCCCAGUGGCUCUCGCAGUAUAGUGUAGAGCUCAAAAUAAAUUCCUGUGAAAAUGAUUCUAAAUAAUAAAUAAAAGACCUUCAUGCGCUUACCCUUGACGUCACCUGUGUAUAUAUGUAAACAGAAAGAGAAAUAAUGAAAAAAGAUAGAAAAAAUAAUAUCUAUAUGCAUAUAUUUAAGCUAAGCAAAUUUAAAAAAAGAUAAGAGAAGAAAUUAAAUAUGUACUUUAUCAACUUUUCAAAUAUGUCAAAUAACAAAUAAGUGAAAAUAAGAUUUACUUGAUUCCUGUGUAUUUUGAAAAACAGAUAUGUAGUUUUAACAAAUUUCUUUACCAGUUAAACUCCAGACAGGUUGCAUUGCUUAUUGCUUGGAAGGAAUUUCUCUGGCAUUUUUAGAGCUAGGUAAGAACAGUAUACCCUAAUCCCAGCGACAGCCUGUCUACGAGUUAGUACUGAUACCUUUUAGUCUUUUAUUACCUUACUGUAAUAACCUGUUGUGUGUAUGUGCGAGCAUUGGACUAACGGAUGAUGUGCGUUCCAAAAUGAGAACACGUCCCCCACGAUGAACCGUUGCACUCUCUGAAAGCUUAGGGCUAGAUCAGACAUUUGUGCUUAUACUGUAUCUUUUUUGGCUUCCCUCAAGGACUACGAUGAAAAAGAACAUACGAACAAAGAAACCCAAUCAGUUGAAAAACCUUUUAUCCUGCAAUAUUUUGUCUCAAACUCUUUAACCUUUUGCCUCUGUUAUGUGGUCAACCUUGUGUUCUUUUGAAGUGAGGACUUAACACCAAACGUAAUGGCUUGAUAUCUGGAAAAUUAAACCUGUUUUCUUCACAUGUUCAUACUUAGCAAGUGCAUCUAGUUUGAGGACGAUGACCAAUCACGGCUCACUGCCAAACCAAGAGCCGAUCCCAGCCAGUUUUCUGGAGCCCUUUGCAGUGGCUGUUGUUCUCUUGCUCAGGAAUCCUGGAACGUAUAUAAAGGCAGCGUCAGACUGGUCUUCGUCAAGUCUGAACUUUAUGUAGCAUCUUUGGAAAGCAGGAGGCACUCACUAAGAGGACUUUUUAUCCAGCUUCCCUUUUUUUGGAGACAUUGUGUAUCUGCUUGAUGUUCUGUGAUCCAAAAAGACAGACAGCAGAAUGACUUCAUUUAUUUCUGGGACAGAUAUACAGACUUUCGGUCUCUCUCUUUUUGUCAGUGUAUCAUAUUCAGUACUCACCGGCUAUAUUGAACAGUCACCCAACAGACAUACAGUUCAGUCAGUUCCACUGUUAGUUUGUUCUCUUUCUGUAACUCUUGAUGACAUUUUGUUUCGCCUUUUGAACUAAGUGACACUUGAAACAUCACGAGAUGCGCGUCGUUGGCACAAAAACACUUUAAACCUGAAUGUUUGUCUGCUUUGCUCUCGUUCGAGCUGGAUGGAAAACAAAAUAUGAAUAAUGGCAUUGUUUGUGUUUGUUUUUUUUGUUUUAUUCCAAAUGUGUAAAUAUCAUAUUCAGAGUCUGGGGAGCUAAAGUCACGUUUGGGAUCUGGUAAAUGUUAACAGUCCACAAAGCCGUCCUUAUCUGAGGUAGGUCAUCAUCUGUCUGGUCUGGAAGCCUCAAUGUAUUAAUCAUGAGCACCAUCGGCAUGUGCUGAAUAGAUGUUCCUCUGAGCUCCUCUCUUCUGUUAUCAGGCCGAGUGCUUUGUUCAUAAUUACAUUGCUGCUGUUUGGAGCCCUCCGCUAUCUGAUCCCGUCUCGUUUAUUUCAUUCCCUUUCACUCUCUUAUUUCAUUUCCAUAUAGCGUAAUGGAUGGCUGAGGCAGUUGGAAACCAUUGUUAGGAGAAGCAGAGUAAGCCAAUCUCUUUGGAGCUGGUGUGAAGUCAGUGUUGAUUUAGCCGGCCCAGACUUGUCGAUUGGACAGCAGCAAAUUGACUAUUCCCAUCUAUUCCCAUCUUCCCUAGACAGCACCACUCUGCCUCCCCAAAAUAAACAAGAUGGGCUACCUAGCUGACCUCUGUCCUUCAUCAAGGAGAACACUAUCCGUCCCUUUCUCUCCCUAGAUUGAAUUUGAGGACAUGACCUUGGAGAUCUGAAAUUCUUUUUAAAAAAAAAAUUCUUUUUUUUUUCUUUUUUUUUAAAGAAAUGCUGCUCCACAGCCAAGUCAGCAUCAAAGAGGGUCGCAAAACCGAACCAGUUUCUGUAAUAACACGCAGAUGAAAUAUUGAAUGAAUAAAGUUCAUUUUUCUCUAUCUCUCUCGUAGCCCUCCACAUACUCCCUCAGGGGGUUAACAUGGAGGUUCUGCAGACAUCCUGAUGAACUGUGUUGUAGCACUCAUGACAGGUGUGCAGUGCCUGAAACUUCAGACAUAAUCAGAACUGUGCAGAGUAGAGACUUGUCAAAAAAGAGGCUAAGAUGCUAAUGCUAACUCUGAAUUUCACUGCUAACGAAAGGGCUAGCGCAAUGGUACUGACUUUUAAAUCAGGCUGGCAGGGUGUGCUUGAGGGGCUCAGACACGGUUUAAAAUUAAUUGGUCACAUUCUACCAUAUGCUUCGACCCUUUUUGUUCUCUGUCUAUGCGUUAACUACAUGCUAUUAAAAUGAUUUCUGUCUAUACUCUUAA